AUGGACGUUGCCACGUUCGGGGCCACCAGUUCACCUUGUUCAGCACAGUUUGUAAAAAACCUGAAUGCGAAGGAGUUUGCUGGUCAAUUCCCACAAGCAGCGAAGGCAAUAUUAGAGAACCACUACGUCGAUGAUUAUUUCGACAGUACUGACACAGUCGAGGAAGCCGUGAGACGGGCGAGAGAAGUGCAGUUCGUUCACUCUAAGGCCGGCUUCGAGCUCAGAAACUGGGUUUCUAACUCAUCCACCUUCCUGCGAGAAAUGGGUGAGAUAAAAGAGGAUCAGUGCGUGCGUUUCAACCAGGAUAAAGAUACGGGUCACGAAAGAGUACUGGGGAUAGUAUGGCACCCAGGAAGAGACGAAUUCACCUUUUCAGCCAGGCCGCGGGAGGAUCAUUUGCCGUACCUAUCGGGAAAGUUACGGCCUACAAAAAGAAUGGUAAUGAGCUGCAUCAUGAGUCUGUUUGACCCCCUUGGGCUGUUAGCUCCCUUUACUAUCUACGGUAAAAUGAUUGUACAAGACUUAUGGCGCAGUGGUUGUGAUUGGGACGAGUCAGUCGGCGAAGAUUGCAUCGAACAGUGGUACCAGUGGAUCAACUGGCUUCCAAAAAUCGAAUCAGUGAAAAUUCCUCGUUUUCAUUUUAAAGGAAGCUUACCGGCAGAUUAUCAGUCUUUGCAAUUACACGUUUUCGUAGAUGCUAGCCAAAAGGCAUACGGUGCUGUCGCUUAUUUCCGGAUUAUAACCGAUUCGGGUCCGUUGUGCUCCCUUGUGAUGGCGCGCUCUAAAGUGGCACCUCUGAAGCAGCUUUCUAUUCCGCGUCUGGAGCUCCAGGCUGCUGUACUGGGAUCUAGACUUUUGAACUCCAUAAUCGACAGCCACUCAGUAGAAUUGAAUCAGCGGUUUAUUUGGACAGACUCAAGAACCGUGCUUUCCUGGAUCCAAUCGGAUCAGCGGCGCUAUAAGCAAUUUGUUGCUUUCAGAAUAGGGGAAAUUCUCAGUCUCACGAGACUCAAUGAAUGGCAUUGGAUUUCUACAAAGGACAAUAUUGCCGACGAUUUAACUAAAUGGGACCGUGGACACAAUCUAGACUCGGACGGUGCUUGGUUUCGAGGUCCACGUUUCCUGUAUCUACCAGACGAUUUAUGGCCGAAGCAAACACGAAUUUCACCAAAUGUGCCGGAGGAGAGCUGUGCUCGCCUUUUGCACCACGAUAUUUUGCUCACGGAACCGGUGAUCGAUCCAUUACGGUUUUCGCGCUGGAAAGUUCUCACUCAAGCGGCAGCAAAAGGCCAUCAAAGCAUUACCAACCACUAA